CGUUUACGCAUAUGGCAACUUAUUUUUGCACACUUAAUGAGGUAUGGCAUGUGAGGGUAUGAUUUAUGUUUAACUCUUUUAAGCCAUGUGUUUAGGUAAAAUCAUGCAUUAAACAUGGAUUUUACCGAGAAUACAACUAGGCAAGGGAAGAGACUUGGGGAAGAUGUCACAUUUCAUUCUACUGCUAAGAAGGCUAAGGAGUCAAUCUUUUCAAUCAAUACCUUCAAACCUAAUUUGAAGCUGCUAAAAGAGGCUUAUGGCUUGUUGUUCUCUAGAGAGAAGCAUGACUUUGAGGUCCAAUUUGGGUGCAUCGGGGAUCUAUUGUUAGUGGUGCCAGAUUGGAACUUGUUUCGAGCUAUGUUGAAAUUUUAUGUCCCUCAAUAUCAAGCUUUUGUGUUCCCACACUUUGAGUUGGUGCCCACCAUUGAUGAGUAUCAUCACUUCUUGCGGUGUAGUCCUGUGGUGGAUUCUUAUACCUUCACUCCUCAAGCACAACAUCUGAAGUUCACACUAGCAAAAGUUCAAGAAAUGUUGCAAGCUAUGUGGGGGUUCCCAUUUGAAUUCUCACAACCAUUGGGCAUGACAUCUUCUCAAAGAAUCAACUUUCUGGCAUUGGGAGUUUAUGGCAUGGUGAUCUUCCUUAUCUAUAUCAAGACCAUUGCACCUAUGGUGGUAGCUUUAUUUGAGCAAUUGUUGCACACUUUGGCAUUUAAUCUUGCUUCUACAAUGGUAGCUGAAACUUUAUGGUCUAUGAAAGAAAUUCGAGCUAAAAGAUUCGGUCGCUUCUCGGGUUGCAUCGAGUUGUUCAUUGCAUGGGCACAUGGUCACUUGAGGGGUCCUCAAUAUGAAGCUUUAUUCAACGUGGUAGGAUUGAAAGACAAGAUUGCCUCUUUAGAAAGGGAUUUGGCUGCUAGCAAGGAAAUUUGUGGGAAGCAAAAGAGGAGUUUGGAGUUUGCCGAAGAACAACGGAAAAAGCUACUACAGGUAAAGGCGGAUCUUAAGGCAAAAGAAAAGGAGAACAAAGAGCUUGUGGAGAAAGACAAUGAACACCUUCGCAAAGCCAAUGAGCAAUUAGGAGAGCAACUACAAGACAUGACCAUCAACCAUGAUCUUUACAAGAUUACCAUGGAGUACAUGUGCUAUCAACUCCAAGUUGAGAAGCAAAAGUACCAAGCUCUUGUUGAAGAGGACACCGGCUUGCAUGAAGUUGUCAUCGACCUAACCGCUUUGCAUUCUCUGUAUUUGCUCAGAUCUAGAGAAAUCAAAAUGUUCGAGGAAAAUGUUGCUACUAAUCUAGAAAAAUCAGCAGUGGAUGAGAGGGUUGAUAAGUUGGAAGCUACAAUGCAAACUAUGGUUGCUACUCUUCAGACCAUCAGUCUCACUUUGUCCACUUUGACUACUGGUUCGGUUCCUUCACCUGCAUCCUUAAUACCAACAAUAGUAGUUCCACCUGUCCCUACCAUCACACCAGUUAAUCGUGCUAAGGAUCUCAUGGUCACACAAUUGACAAGUGCCAACUAUUCAACCCAAUCCCUCGGUUGCGAUGUUGAGGUCUACUUUAGAGGAUGGGAUGUCAAGAGAGGUUGUUCUUAUGCCUACUUGCAGAUGUAUGCCAGGAAGAUGGCACCUUAUGCUAAUGAUGAAAGAGUGCUCAUUCAUUAUUUUCAAGACAGUCUCUCAAGCCCAACAAGUGUUUGGUUUUCAACACUUGACAAGAAGAAGAUUCGCACUUUCAAGGAUGUUUCUCAAGCUUUUAUGAAGCAGUAUGAGUAUAAUAUGAGUUUGGCCCCUAUAAGGGAUAGCUUGCAGAGAAUCACCAAGAAAGGUAAUGAGACUUUCAAAGAAUUUGCUCAACGAUGGAGAUCUGAAGCAGCCAAAGUCAUUCCACCUCUUACUGACAGUGAAAUUUGCUCUCUUUAUCAAGUCAACUACCAGGACCUUUCGUGCAUGGUUAGCUCCUUGUGUGGGAUAUACUUUUGCUCAGUUAGUGACAGUGAGGGAACAAAUUGUAGAUGGACUGAAGACGGGUAUCAUUAUGGACUUUUAAACCAUUCAGAGGCAAUUAGAGCAAGUCAAGAUGGGAAGCUCAAGAUCUACUUCGAAAAGGGGCAUACUUUGCAAAAUUGUGGAGAUAUUCAAAGAAAAAUUAUGAAGCUACAAAGAAUGGGAUCUCUGAAGUUCAUGUCUGCUCCAAAGUUAGAGAAAUUCAUAGCACCAGUGACGGAAGAAUACUUCACUAAGGAGAGGCCUUACAUUUUGCAAGAUACUAAAAGGGCACCAGCCAUCAGCCAAAAUUUCCAACAACCUUAUGUCUUGAAGACCUCUCUUAGUGAGUCACUCAUAGGAAAGACAUCAUCUGUGGUUAUGCCUCAACGUUCUACCAUCUUGAAUUCCACAGCCAAUGAUGCGUCUAACAUGACCCGUAGUGAAUUGAUGCUAUCAUCUGAGGUUCAUCUUGACACAUUACUCAAAGUCUUGAAAGAGGCCAAUGUGCCUAAAAACAUUGAUACUCAGAAGUUUGGGACUAUGGUUGGGGCAAUUUUAGCUCCAAAUUAUAUUAAUUUCACUGAUGAUGAGAUUCCCGAUGAAGGAAAUGGACAUACUAAAGCACUCCAUAUUUUAGUCCAAUGUAAGAUGAUGAAUGUGCCUUAUGUGUUGAUCGACAAUGGGUCAGCUUUGACUGUGAUUCCUAUAACUGUUUUGAAGCAGUUGAAAAUUGAGCUUCUAGUGGAAAUUGGCCCUGUGACUUUUGAUGUGGAUUUCUUUGUUAUGGACAUUUCUCUUGCUUUUAAUAUGCUUCUUGGGAGGCCUUGGAUACAUGUUGCCGGAGCAGUACCAUCCACCUUGCAUCAAAAAGUCAAAUGCAUUGUCAAUGGUGUUCUUGUCAUCGUGAGUGGUGAGGAGGAACACGUCAUCCAAAAGGCUAUAACCAUUCCUUACAUAGGAAUUGAUCUUGGAACUUAUGAAUACUCUUAUCACUCAAUGGAGUGUGCUGCUUCGUAUAUACAUCCAAAGUUCAGAGGGAAACUGGCUGAAAUGGUUAAACUUGCUAGGGUUGCUGCUAAGAUCAUGCUUGCAUGUCUUUACCAGUUGGGAAAGGGUUUGGGAUUGAAUGGACAAGGAAUUCUUGAGCCUAUUGAGGUAAUUCAAGCUUGGGGCACUUUUGGCUUGGGAUACAAGCCGAAGAAGGAAGAUUGGAAAAGAAUGCAUGCUAUUAAAGCAGAGAAGCGCCUUGCUAGACUUCAAAGGAGAAAUCCUAGGGAUGAACCAAUGUGGGUGACGCACAUUAGAGUCACAUUUCCACAAACUCUUGAGAUUUUGUGCCCUUCUCCUGAUGGAUAUAUGGUGAAGCACAUGGAUGUCUUAUAUGUAGAUCCAAAGGGUACUAUUUUCACUGAUAGAUUGCUUGAAAUCUGUGAAUGUUCAAAACAAGCAAAGUUUGAGGAAGUAGUUGUGGAAGAUAUCACGGAUGAAGUUUGUUUUGAUGACGAGGAAGACAUUUUUGGUUUCAACAACCUCUUUGGGCUAGCCAAAAUGACAGAUCCUAAGGAGAGGUGGAGAAAGAUGCUCGCUGAAAAGGCAUUCAUGGAGAAGCACCCCCAACUUCCAUCUUGUUCAUCAUGUGAAAGCUCCAAUGGGAUCACAUGAGUCUGUGCUACUUGAAACAAUGAAAGAAGAAUCGCUAUGUGACUCAUGGGGAAAUUUGACUAUAAAUGCUCUAGAUGAGGAAGAACUUUAAUUUGAUAGGGGAAUUUCUUCGGUUAAUGGAAGCUCUCAAGCUAAUUUGACAGCGGAGCUUCUCUCUGUAGCUUUCAUCUCUGAGUAAGAAGAGUUAGCCUCUAGUAGUUCUGCUUGUGACUACAUGAAGGGAAGGAUUCAGCAAGCACUUUUCUAUUUUCUGAAAUUUAUGUUAUCAUGCCUCUAGUAUUCCCAUGCUUUCCUUUUCAAUAAAACAUGUUGCAAUCC